AUGAGAACCCCCCCCGUGCCGCGCGGUCCGCACGUGGUGCGUGGUGGCCAAGUGUGGCCUGAUUUCACAGUUCUGAUGAAGACAGACAGAUGCGGGCGUUGGUGCGUGGGUGCUGGAGGUAGAGCAGGAGGAGGCAAGGAUCAGGGCGUCUAGGAGGCGACAACCCCGAAUGUUCGCCGCACGGAGCUUUCGGCGUAAUGUCGGAAAGUCUGUUGGGUCCCUCUCUUUCAACUACUUCGUGUGGUUUGUCUUUUGGAGAAUGCCACUACUGUUGUACGGCACAGUGAAAGCCACAUCAGUUCGUUUUCUAUUGCGCGAUUGAUUGUCGUCGAGGUGUGUGCCUGGGUCAUGGCGAGAAUUACUGUGUGGGAGACGGUGGCAAGGUCUUGAUUUCAAGCAAAGGACAAUCAAAUGCAGCGAGACGCAAGAACCACGGCAGCUUCCCGCGCAAGACACGGAGACGGGUGACGGCUUCAACGUCGGCGGCACAAACUGUACAUUAUACAAGAAACAAGCAAAUCCUGCAAGCAAAUCCUGCAAGGCCAAAAAAUUAGAAACGGCGAAAAGAUUUCAGCAACAAAGGCUGGCAGGUCGGUCGAAAAUAAGAAAUUGAGCCUCAACCCAUAUGUUACGUUCUUACUUGCGGGCGCGUUCUGUACUCUGUCUCCACGGAAGUGUGUGAUGGCAAGGGCGGGUGUCAUGGCGUGAUUGUGUUCCCCAACGGUGUACUGCAGCGGGUUAAGGACAGGGGAUUAUUUUACACAUUUUGAUGCACCCAA